UUUUUCUUUCAGAUAUUGAUGAGUGUGCAACACAGAUGCAUUACUGCCAGUCCAAUACAAUGUGCAUGAACCUCCCUGGAAGUUAUCGUUGUGACUGCCUACCAGGUUUCACCAGAGUGGAUGAAUACUCCUGCACUGAGCAUGAUGAGUGUGCCAGUGGCCAAAGCUUGUGUGAUGAGAACGCCAUCUGCACCAACACCAUCAUAGGACACCUGUGUACCUGCAAGCCAGGCUAUGUUGGGAAUGGUACCAUCUGCAGAGCUUUCUGUGAAGAUGGUUGUCGGAGUGGAGGGACCUGUGUGUCCCCAAACACAUGUGUUUGUCCCUCGGGAUUUACAGGAAGCCGCUGUGAAACGGAUAUAGAUGAGUGUGCAGAAGGCCUGAUCGAGUGCCACAACCACUCCCGCUGUGUCAACCUACCCGGCUGGUACCACUGUGAAUGCAGAAGUGGUUUCCAUGACAAUGGGUCCUACCAGCUUGACGGAAGUUCUUGCAUUGACAUUGAUGAGUGCAUUUUGCAGACACACACCUGCUGGAACAAUAGUGUUUGUGUGAACCUCCCAGGAGGCUAUGACUGCAUGUGCACAUCUGGUCCAGGCUGCAGCGGUAACUGUCCACAAGAAGACGUUAUAAGACGCAAUGGAGAAGAUUGGAGACCAACCUAUGAUCGUUGUGCUGUUUGCUCAUGCAAGGAUGGACAGACCUUUUGCAGGAGGAGACCCUGUGACUGUGCAGACCCAGAUGAGGACCUGUUUUGCUGUCGUAGUUGUGACAACAGGCCGAGCAGUCAGUGUCUUGACCAGAGCGGACGAACGCUGUACCGCAGUGGAGCGUCUUGGCUGUACGGUUGCCAGCAGUGUCGCUGCUUGGAAGGGGAGGUUGAUUGCUGGCCUUUAGUUUGUCCCGUAUUAUUGUGCGAGUACACGGCAGUGGCAGAGGGGGAAUGUUGCCCACGCUGUGUCACAGACCCCUGCUUGGCUGACAACCUGUCCUACGACAUUCGGCAGACAUGCAUGGACCCCGCAGGCGUCACUCGCCUCAGUGGGGACACAUGGCAUAUGCCCAAGUCACCCUGCACUGUCUGCAAGUGUAAGAACGGGAAGGUGUGUUGCUCUGUGGAUCUCGACUGCCUUCAGAACAAUUGAUACCCUUCCCUUUUCUCCUCCUCUCACAACGGGACUGUCACACGGCCUCCUCCAUCAGACAAAUUUCCCUCUGGAUUCAUAAGAGAGACUCGCACAAGAACAAGUGCAUGACAGUGUGUGCACAGGAAACACACACCGGACAGACUUUGGGUGUCGAAGUGGCACCUUUGCGCCACAAAUCUGAUGAUGAGCAGCGAGCAAGUAUGUGUGACUCAGGAGAAGACUGAGGUCAUCGUCACGCUAAGUCAGUGUGUAGUGUUUGUGUCUUUCUGUUUGUCUUUUUUCUUUUUUUACUUUAAUGUCUUAAGAAAAUGCGUGCAAACUUAACCAACCAAACAAGGGCACCAGCUGAUCACAUGCUUUAGUGCUCCAUCCCUCUAUAUUUCCUGAUUUUUGGCUCACUUUCACUUGGUCAUCUUAAGAAAGAUGUCACAAAACGUAUAUUACUGUUGUAACAAAAACAAUCCGUUAAUUUUCAAUCUUUUGUCUUAGAGAAAAGGUGUUGUUUUAGUACAAUAUAAUAUUACAUAGGAUCAGUCCAGCACUAAGAUUUCCUGCUGAUGGCUUUCCAAAUUGGGAAAUAUU